GGCCACCUGUGUCCUCCACAGGGGCCCCCCAAAGCCUGGGGCCUCCCAGCCCCAGAGCUCCGAGGUGGAGGAGGUGCUGACAGGUCUGGUAACUACUGACUGUGUCCCAGUGUUCUCCACGCCACCCUUUCCCAGAACCACAGGCUUCCAGAACGUUGUAAAGAAACUGCAAAAUCCACGCCUCCACCAGCCUCUCCCAACGCCAGGUGCUCCGAGAGAUGCUCCCUCUCCCCUCAUGCUCCCUCCCCAUCCUCCUCCUUUUCCUCCUCCCCAGUGUGCCAACUGAGUCCCAACCCCCACCCUCAACGUUGCCCCCUUUUCUGGCCCCUGAGUGGGACCUUCUGUCCCCCCGAGUAGUCCUGUCUAGGGGUGCCCCUGCUGGGCCCCCUCUGCUCUUCCUGCUGGAGGCCGGGGCCUUUCGGGAGUCAGCAGGUGCCCCGGCCAACCGCAGCCGGCGUGGGGUGAGCGAAACCGCACCAGCGAGUCGUCGGGGUGAGCUGGCUGUGUGCGAUGCAGUCAGUGGCUGGGUGACAGACCGCCGGACCGCUGUGGACUUGCGUGGGCGCGAGGUGGAGGUGUUGGGCGAGGUGCCUGCAGCUGGCGGCAGUCCCCUCCGCCAGUACUUCUUUGAAACCCGCUGCAAGGCUGAUAACGCUGAGGAAGGUGGCCCGGGGGCAGGUGGAGGGGGCUGCCGGGGAGUGGACAGGAGGCACUGGGUAUCUGAGUGCAAGGCCAAGCAGUCCUAUGUGCGGGCAUUGACCGCUGAUGCCCAGGGCCGUGUGGGCUGGCGAUGGAUUCGAAUUGACACUGCCUGCGUCUGCACACUCCUCAGCCGGACUGGCCGGGCCUGA